AUGAAUCCUCACCAGAAAAACAAGGUGGACAUCAACCGCCUCUUCCGGCUCUACGGCAAGCUCCCGAGCCGCUCCGACCAUUUCUCCAAGCAUCUCAAGGAGCGCAAGUACUUUGACAGCGGCGACUACGCCAUGUCCAAGGCCGGCAAGGGCGACAGCGUCGACACUGGCACCGUCGGCUCGCAGCACCCCGUCCCCGAAAAGAUCCCCCACCUCUCGUCCCCGCCGUCGACCAACACGCCGGGCUCCAACGGCCACAGCAACAACCACAAUGUCGUCGGUGGCAGCGGCAGCGGCGGCGUUGGCGGCAUCACGCUCGGCAUCCCGGGCUCGUCUGCCCACUUCCAGCAGGCCGGCAGCCCUGUGAAGGAGAGUAGCUUCCUGCACCGCGAGACGAGCGCCUCCGACCUGGAGGAACCAUCGGCGGUGGACACGACGGCUGGCAAGCAGUCGUCUCCCGUGGGCCAAGGCCAGACCGAGUCGAUUCCCAUCCGGCGAUAG